AUGCCCCGUCUGUAUUUUUAGCAGGUCUCUAUAUAUAAACUCUAUAGCAGGAAGCUCACACGUUGGUGUCAGUGGAGUCUGAAUAACCCUAAAUCUGCAGAGUGUUUUGCAGCCCUGCAGCUUACGGAUGCUUCUUAUUUGCUGUCUGAACCACUCAGAGCGCAGAACAAGUGUACGAGGACUAUGCACUGAGCUGUCGGAGUCAUUUCAGCCCCCCGAUAGGGACAGUGAGAGAAGAAAGGAGGCUGCGAGGAGCUGUGUGUAUGUGUGUGUAUAUGUGUAUAUAUGUGUAUACGCACUGGAGCGGCCGCAGCCAAGUCCUCUGUCUAUGCAGAAGAACAUAGAGAACACACACGUACAGCUCAAGCCCUGGGAAUCAAUCAGAUCAGCCCUGAACGGCAAGGAGAAGAGAGCAGCAGAGUGGCAGCCGUGCGGGAUAGAAUAUCAGGAGGCUUGGAUGUAUUCAGCCUGUGCUGGAGAUCCCAUCGUAGAGCAGGACAGGACCUUCACUGGGACACACGACUCCAAGAUGAAGUCUGCAGAAGUUGAGGACCGAGCGCUGUUUACGGAGACUUACUGCAAAAUCUGCAAUGCGCAGUUAAUAUCGGAGUCUCAGAGGGUCGCACAUUACGAGAGCAAGAAACAUGCCAACAAGGUGCGGCUCUUUUACAUGUUACACCCAGAGGACGGAGGACCGCCAUCGAAAAAGCUUCGUCCAGACGACCCAGAAAGCGAUGAGACAGAAGUGGACAAAAAUAAAUGCUGCACCCUUUGCAAUAUGUUCUUCACCUCUGCAAUCGUAGCCGAAUCUCACUAUCAGGGGAAGACCCACGCUAAAAGGGUUAAACUUGUGCUUGGAGAGUCGGCAGACAUUCCUGCUCGAGCAGUGUUGUUUUCUGUUGAAGAACCUGUGCAAGAAACCCAAGAACCUACGGAAGUCACCAUUCAAGAAGAAGACACUUUAUGGAGCAUCAACAUCGGGAGCGAGUCUCGGAAAUUUUGUGACCUUUGCCGAGCUUGGUUUAACAACCCAAUGAUGGCUCAGCAACAUUAUGAAGGGAAGAAACACAAGAAGAAUGCAGCGCGGGCAAAGCUUCUACAAAGGCUUGGAGAAACCUUGGAUUCUGAGGCACUGGAAGCGUUACGGACCAGCUACUCCUGCAACACCUGCAACAUGGUGCUAAAUUCGGUAGAGCAGUAUAACGCACACCUGAAAGGCGCACGACAUCAGAACAAUGCAAAUAACAUUCCAGACGGAACCAAAUUAAAUGGGCAAAAAGAUCUACAGAAUCCGGUCGAGAGACAAAUACAGCCAAGGAUCAACUUCCACACAAGGAACAACCUGGAGAAGAGAAUGGCUAAGGAGGGAAAAGACAAUGACAGUGGGAGAAGCUCUCUCAGUCCACCGCAAGUCACAGAAGACACGGGGGAAUGUUCCCCUGAGAAUAACUUCUUCUCCAUUAUGGUGACAGAAGAAACUCACAUUCUCUGCUGAAGAAGUCACAACCUCUACUCAGACUUUCUCUUUACUAGUACACAGCACAAGAAAGGGCUUUGUUUUUUUUCUUAAAAAGGCCGAGCAUGGAUUGACCUCAAGAACUUCACCCGUUCCUGCCAAGUUUAUCCAUCUUCAAACUUUAUUGGAUCCUAUGGCAGAUUAUUGGUGGAUUUUGUAGCUUUAGACUCCUUCUCUAAGCUGUAGCUUGAGCCCAGCUCCUUGGAAAUUACAAGCGUAGAAUCAGGCAUUUACUACAUAGAACCUUCUCAAGUCAAUGGACCUUUUACAUUGGUUCCUUUAGGAAGUACCUUAAAACUCGAUCCUUAGACGCAUCUACGAGAACUGAAAGAGUUAAUUGAAAAGUUCACAUUAUAAGCUGAUGGAAGGAUGGAGUAAAGUUAUUUGGACAUCUCCUCAAUACACAUCUUAUAUGACCUUUUACCAUCAACUUCAUUUUUACCUCUUCCCAUAAAUCAUUACCGAAAGGCCAAAUGGAAAUCUGAUUUCUCUCGAGUGCAGUCAUCCCACCGACUGUGCGAGAUUCUCUAGGACAGAUGAGAUUUCCAGGAAGUUACUUAGACUCUACAUGUGUCCUCCAUCUCCUCUAUUAAUUAAAAAGAAGCAUGGCCUGUAGCUAAAGGUCAUGUCAGCCAUACUAAGGGUAGUAUGAACUUAUGAGCAUGGAUAUGAUGGGUGGGCACAGUUCCGAAGGGAUUGAUGGCUGUUGCUUAAUACACCAAUUUAUACGGUAUAAUAGGUGCGAGUUAUGGGCAUUAUGGAGGAUCCUGGAGCUUAAAGGAACAAUAGAACUCUUUCUGGUAUCACUAAUGUGACAUUCUUCUUGCAAGAAUCUUAAACAAGGAUUAGUUUUUAGUUUUUAUCACUCCAAAAUGUGUGUGGUCUUCUCACUACUGCCCUCGUCUGGACUAAUGAUGCAUUUUUGUACUUAGACUAGUAUGGGCACUGCAGAUAAGAAGGAGCUUAGGGUCAGCACUUGGAUUAUAUCGCUCGCAUUUGUUUAGUAGUUUUGUUUUAUCACACGUUCCUAUGGAUGAGUAGUUCUGCGCUGGAAAGACGACUCGGCAAAUCCCUGAUAAACAUAAGAUGAUCUGGCUUUGUAGUGUGACUUUUAGUAUUUACAAGCUGCAAAAUACUGGCAUGCAAGAUUUAAAGCGGUUUAAGGACUUAAUACAAAGGAUGGAAUUUUAUUUUUCAUAUCUGGAAAUAGAAGUCUGAUAAUCAGGUUAAAUGUCAAGUAUAGCAGAAAGUAUGGGCAGAAAUAAUCUUUAGUGAACAUCCACACUCAAUGCGGAGGGAAGAUAAGGGGCUCCAUUUUGGAGAUCAUGGGGGGUCCCAUAGGUCUUUCUGCCUCGUGAUCAGACACUUAUCCCCUAAUCUGUGGAUAGAGGAUAUUUACACACAAGAGUACCCUUUUAAAGGAGUUCCCAAAAUAUAAAUUUACCACCUAUUCACAGGACAGGUGAUAACUAUCUUGUUGAGGGGAUCUGACUGCUGGAACCUACACCGAUCACUAGAACAUGGUUCCUUUUCCCCCCACUAGGUGAAUGAAGCAGAAGUCAAGCAUGCGUGCUCCCACUCCAUUUACUUGCUGAGUGACAGCCGCGGCCAGCUACCUGCAGCAGUCAUAGAGCCAGUGAAUGGAGAACCAACAUACAUGCUCAUCUACUUGCCAAUAACAAAGGGGAACAAGAGACCUUGUGAUCUGUGGGGGCAAACCUCAAACCUCCUUAGUUCAAACACUGGUCACCUCUUCUGUGCGUAGGUGAUAAGCUCUCAUAUUGGCAAAACCCAGUGGUAUAUAGAUCUCAGAAGGAGUAUUGCCUACUUGGGACCAAGUUCUGACUUCUAUUUUGCUGGACUUAAACAGCCAUAUAUUAAAUAGACGACCCAUUUAUUUGAUCGUGAUCUGUGUAAUUCGACACACAUGGACUGGAAACUAGAGAAUCCAGAUCCGGAUGUGUAUAUAUCAUGCUCAUGCCCUACUGAAUCUAUGAACAUGUGUAGUGUAAUAGAAGAUACUGGCCAGGUCUCCAUGCAAAUAAUCACAUGACCAAUCUCAAUUGACUUUACCAGCAGCCUGAAAUUAUAUAUAACUAAGGCUGGGUUCACACCAUAUUUGUGCUCUCCAUCAGGUAUCCUCCAAGAACGGGAUGCCAAUGGUCCAAAUGGUGUCACCUAGUGACAAUGUUUGGACCACUUUCCAUUGGUAUGGGCUAAUUAAACAGGACUCCAUAGUGCAGCAGACUAUGCUAAUGAGUCUUGUUAAAUUAGUGUGGAUCAGCAGAAAACAGCACGAGCGGAGUCACAAGGCGACUUCUUAAGAGCUAUUUAAAUAAAUUGCACUCAUUGCUAUAUGCCACAGUAUUCGUCUAGACAGGAUGCUGGCAGAUACCUGUGAUGGACAGGACAAACAAUGUGAACUCUGGCUUAGUUUUUUCACCCUUCACUUAUCUAAAUCCAUACUGCAACAGAGGGGUAUUCCCACCUGGAGCAUUUAUAGUCUUUGAACUCCAUGCCAGUUCUCCAUAUCGGUGAAGUUCACAAAAGCAGGUUCUCACUCUAUGUAACAUAUAGGGCAUAAACCAUGGAUAUACCAUAAUGCCUUUACUAGGAACAACCCUUUAAAGUGUACCUAAAUUUUAAAACAAACUUCUGACAUGUCAUAGAGACACAAUAUGUUAGAUGUUUGGAUCAAAGGGGUCAUGUGCAGAGAUCCCCACCAAUCUAAAACAAACUUCUGACAUGACAUAGAGGCAUGUUAAAAGUUUAAAGUUUAGGUAUGUUGUAUACUUGUGUUUGUUACUUAUGAUGAUUUGUGCCAAUAAGAAUUUCUUCCAUCGGUUUUAUCUUGCCAUGGACCCUCAUAGUGUUUAAUCAACUAUUGUACCAUAUGUGUUGGGAAAAUUCCACGAACUGGCCCACAAAAGUGGUUAGGUUGUAUGAACAAUGUAAUGUUUCAUUUUACCUGUGGUGGCGCUGCAGAGAAAUUGGACACUUGCUGCUAAGAUUCCGUUUACUGGUCGUUAGAGAUUAUCCAAAACCCAAUCAUCUAAAGAUCAAGAGGUCACUGCCAUUUUUAAAAACAUUGGGGAGGCAACAUAUUUCCAGUGCCUGGGUAGUAUUAGAUCUUGGCCUUCAUUAUACCACUGAAGGAUUUCACUUUGCUUUUUAUUGUAGCUUUAAAUUAGGAAAGCUAGAAACUGAGGAGAUAGCGAGAAUUCAUAUCAGUUUAAGUGAUGUGUCGCCAUCUGAUGCUACUAACACAAGGGGUGUGGGUAAUGGAUACCACAAUAUGUCAUUCACUUAUACCUAAAAGGGGGCUUCAAAAAUCACAGCAUGGUAACCUCAGUUGGACAUUCAUGUAUAUCCAAUAAAUAAGAAGCGGGACCACCGCUUCAAGAACUAAUGGUAAGUUCUGGGGCAUAACUUUAGGGGGAGUAGGUGUAGAAGUUGCAGCUGAGCAUCUGAGGAGGCCCAGAAACCCCUUUGCUACAAAAAAGGACCCCAAUAUUUAUAUAUGGCAUGUGGUAGUCAGGGGCCUCCGUCAUAGAUAUUGCAGCUAAAAGUUCCGUCUGUGGGUAAAUUAAUGUAAGAAUAACCACAUUGACCAUUCCCAGAACUGUAUAUUGCACGGUGUACUUGCCUAUGCUGUACAGAGCCAUAGAAGAAAAAGAAGAAACUAUUGAUAUAUUGUAUACAGAAAGUUGCCUUAUCUAAUAGCAAUAGACAGGUAUUAUGGGUGGCGGGUAUAGAGAGUCUAUAAAUGCAAGCAUGGUCAUAAUGCCUUUUACAGUCCUGUAGAGGGAUCUCUUAAUCCUGAGGACCCCAUGAAAACGUCUCAAGGAAAAGGUGUCAAAAAUCCAGCAUUUAAAAUAAACAAGUAAAUAAAUAAAUAAAUGUGUGUCCUUUAUAUGGUAAUUUUAUUAAUGUGCUUGAGUAUUUCCUAAAUAUUUAGUAGAAUAUCCAUUGCUUUAUGCUAUGUGCAGACAAGUUACAUCCAUCCGCCAUAUUCUUGCCUUACAUUACAUCGGGCUUCGUGUGUAGCCUUUCAGCAAGAAGAACAGACAACAAGAAAACGUAUCUUAGGUUACAAGGGAUUUUAAGUUACUACAGAAAGUUGCUGCUUUAUUUAGCUGGAUUGCAGAACAAAGGCUUGCAUAAUGUAGAGGUAGCCCUUGAGGUUUCUAUGAGACCCAUAGUGAUGGGAAGAAAGGUUGUCUUCUACUCUCUUCCUCAUGGGCGGUGCCAUUUUGUGCAGGCUUCCUCCUUUCUGAAGGAACUGCAGAUUUGUCAUAUAAGAUAUAUGGAUAUUGGUGCUAGGGUCAUAGCUAGGCUGCUAUUCUACAAGAGCACAUAUACUAUAUAGAAGUAGCCUCUUCAGAUGCUAUGGAACCUUUAUCCCUAACCCUCUUAUUCAUGGGUGGUUUCUUUCUACGCUAUUCUCACUUUUAUUGUAUACAAAUGUAAUAUUGUAGCAAAGACAAAUAUUGUAGCAAAUCACUCCAAAAUGAGUUGUUGCCUUGGGAACAAUCUCCCAUACAGGUUCCAGACACAUGGGGGGAGGCCAAUAAAUUUGGACCCCUUUUUGUUUGGGAUGUGAGGAUGGGUGGGGUCAGCCAUUGGGGGCCAUCACUGAAAAUCUUACUAUAAGGCUUUCUCUCCAUUAUGUAAGCCCUUGGUUAGUGCUACUAACAUAUCAAGUUGUAUUGGUAUAGGGUUUAUAUUGGUGGUUCUUGAGGAAAUGUCUAAGAUCUUUCCUCUGAGAAUUCUCCAAUGUCUAACAUUUGUUUCCACUUGUGGAUUUCUUUGCAUUCUCCAGCUCCUCAUGUCAUUGUUGAGCACAUGGCUUUACUGAAAGCAUGACAUAAUCGUGUUGUGGUGAGUUGUGUAGGGCACGUUGUGUGUUACACUAUGGAAACUGGUUGUGUAAUACUCUGUGUGGUUUACCUACCCUCAUGCUUCUGUGAAACAAAAUGUAUGUGCUAAAGAAAGAACAAUAAAACUUAAGUAUGGA